UGCUCGGCGGGGCGGGGGAGGGCCGGGCUGCGCGCGGCGAGUAGGAAGCCCUCGCCCAGCGGAGGCUGCGGGAGAAGAGAGAGAGAGAGAGCGAGCGAGCGAUGGGCCGCGGUGCUGGGCGCACGUUCCGCGGAGACACAUGCCACGCGUGUCCCAGCCGGACGCUCAAUUAGCAUCCGCCUCUGCAGCCAGCCGCCAUCGCCUCCCGGCUCUCUCGGGCUGCCGUGGAGAGGAGCUCCAGCGGUUGCCUUGCUCCGGCUGCGCGCAUUGUCCUCAGGGUCCUCUUGCCAGGGCUGCUGCGGGGCCCGGGACCCUCGCCCCAGGGACGCGCCCCCGCCACCGGUCGGCCCGGUGCGGGGCUCUGCUAGCCGAUCGGUGAGCCCGCGCUCCCGGGCCGCUUUCGCCGGGGCUUUUCCUGCGGAACGGAGGAAGAGGAGAAGUCUACCCGCCCAGCCCAGCCUUCCCCAGCGCGCAGCCCCGACGGGGCCGCGGCAGGCGCGACGAGGGCGCCGACGGAGCCAUGAGAGAGUACAAAGUGGUGGUGCUGGGCUCGGGCGGUGUGGGCAAGUCCGCGCUCACUGUGCAGUUCGUGACAGGUUCCUUCAUCGAGAAGUACGACCCGACCAUCGAGGACUUCUACCGUAAGGAGAUUGAGGUGGAUUCGUCGCCGUCGGUGCUGGAGAUCCUGGACACGGCGGGCACCGAGCAGUUCGCAUCCAUGCGGGACCUGUACAUCAAGAAUGGCCAGGGUUUCAUCCUUGUCUACAGCUUGGUCAACCAGCAGAGCUUCCAGGACAUCAAACCCAUGCGGGACCAGAUCAUCCGCGUGAAGCGGUACGAGCGCGUACCUAUGAUCCUGGUGGGCAACAAGGUGGACCUGGAGGGCGAGCGCGAGGUCUCAUAUGGCGAGGGCAAGGCCCUGGCCGAGGAGUGGAGCUGCCCCUUCAUGGAGACAUCCGCCAAAAACAAAGCCUCAGUGGAUGAGCUGUUCGCAGAGAUCGUUCGGCAGAUGAACUACGCGGCACAGCCCAACGGCGACGAGGGCUGCUGCUCGGCCUGCGUGAUCCUGUGAGGCGCCGACUGCCGCCGGUCGCUGGCCACGCUCUGUGCACAAAGCCAAACACACCCGAUUCUCUUAAUGUGAUUGUCUUCUUGCUUUGAGAUUGGAGACGACUUUGUAUUGGCCGGGAUGUCCGAGGAACCUGGCUGACUUGCGUGGCCAGCAUCCCCAGACUUGGGGUCCGAGGGGGUGUCGGUUCCUGACCAUCCAAGACCCUGAUGGAAAUGUGGCUUUUUUUUUUUCAGCGUGUACGUUCCUCAUUGAUUUCAGUUCAUGCAUAAUUUUUCCCGUUUCAGUAGCCAUCGAGGCGCAGUAUUGGCUGCUUGACACCGGCAAGCAAAAGUUUCAAGCCUGAAAAAGAAAAUGGGGGUGGGGAGGUGGAGGAAGUGGAGAGGAAGAAGGAGGUGGUGGGGGAGGGUUCCCCCAAACAACUGUUCAUAGUUCCAAGUUCUAAACACAAGGAAGGAGGUCCGAGAAAACCAUAUGAAGGAGCCAGAGGAGGGGAAGAAACUUGAUUUUUUUUCUCCCCCUUGUUUUCCAAGGAUUAUUUGGAAAUUAAGACCAGGGGUUCCUUUUCUGCCAGCUUGGAAGGGCAACCCAGGGACUGAUUACGAUUCUGAGGAUGUCUAUGCAAAGUUGGGUUCUUGUUACAGUGUAUCCAAUCUGAAGUAUUGCACAUGUGAACUGGGACUGUUAACACUGAUGCCAAUACAGUGUGGGGUGCCAGGAAGUGUCUGCUGAUAUUUGUGGGAAAAAAAAAAUCUAUUUUGAUUACCUACUGUAUCAAAGGGGAGUCUGGGGGAGAAUGGUAGUAUUUUUUUUUAAUCAGCUGUGAAAAAAAUGUUAAAAGAUCUGCACAUUUUUGUGUGUGCUGUUGUGUGUGUGCUGUUGUGUGUGUGCUAUUGUGUGUGUGUAAGUAUAGCUUUUUGUGUGUGUGUGUGUGGUUGGCAGUGACAGAUUUUUGCUGACUAGCUUUUAAAAACACAAUACAAAGACUUCGUAAAUGUGAUUCAGGGCCCCCAGCACCCCUGUGUCUGCAGAGUGCCUUCAAACUCAGCUGUUCCAGCCGGUGCCAACCUGUGAAUUCCCACCAUAUCCCAGAAUCUGCUGUUCUGCUGCCCCCAAACCACUUUAAGUAUCUUCCUGAAAGAGCCAGGACAAAUGGGGCCUGUUCGUCCAUGAAUUGCUUCGUUACUUUUUAGCUUUCUUAAUGUUAAGGCCGUGUCUCGAGUGUUUUUCUCCCUUUCUUCAUUUUGCUCAGAUUUCAGGUUUUAGCUCCCUUUUCUGUUGCCUUUGGAGUGUCUCUUGUCAUUUGUCUAAGGUUGUCCUCCAGAAGCUAAGAGCAGAAUUUUUAUUGUAAUGUACCAAGAGAAUUCUAACAAGUUGUUAACUUUUAUUUCCACUCAUUUGGUCAUUGUCUCUUCAUUUUAAGGCUUUUAAUACAAAUGUCAUUUUUAAAGAAACCCCAAA